AUGGACCCUGGCCUGGAAGGGAAGUUUGCAGUGACUUACUACUCAAGUCGGUAUGUAUGUACAGUGGAGGGAGAAAAAGUAACGGGAGGACAGACGGCUUACCAGGGUCAGUCUCGGAGUCUGGAGAAGCUAUCCCUAUCCCUGUUCGAUUGCAGAUACUACCCUAGCUGGCUGCUGUGUGAGCCGGCAAUGGACCCCAGGAUCCCCGCUACGUCGCACCUAAUCGGAUCAUCGAUCUCAGGUCGGUACGGAGGAGGAUGUCCCCCACCAAUCACAGACCGCUUGGAUAUAAACCUCAAGAGGAGCCAACUUUAUACGGACGUGGACUUCCACAUCACGGAGGGCUGGCACAUGUACCUGUACCUGACCCAGACAGGGGCAGGUAGUACUUUUUUCUUCUUUGCCAGGAACCGACCUCGAUACCUGGAGAUACAAAACACCGACGGAACCAGGCGAUACGGAACCCCCACGUACAGAGAGGUGAGCACCACUAUCAGAUGCCAGGAUCAGCUCGUGCAGUCGUGUGAUGCUGGCCUCGCCCAAGUCCGAAAGAGCGGUAUAGAAACGGCGCCCGAGAUCUCGCUCCAGCGGUGCUGUCUGUUGUUUCCUCGUUUGGCGCCUCGAAUCUCCGCGGCUGUCAUGAGCAACGGAAGGCCGUUCGCCCAGGUCCCACGGGACGGAAUCAUAGAGUCUUGGGCGCGAAAGGAGGCCGGCCACGUCGGUGCUCUCCGGCCAUGUGAUGUCUGUGAUGUCUGUGACGAUGCGUGGACUUGCUUGUUCGGGCCAGCGCUGCUUUAA